AUGUCUACAGCUUUGGAUAACGAGUUGGAAAGCUUGAGGAAGCGAGCUGAGCAUCUAAGGGCUGAGGUCAAGCUGCGCGCAUCAACACUACUCCUAAAUCCCGUCGCUGCAACCCAAAUUUUGGAUGAGCAACCACCGCAGGCGGCACCAGCCCCAGCGCUACUGUUGCCGACGCCGCCGUCCAAAUCCAGGAGUAAAUCCUCAUCCAAUGCGCCACUUGGACCCAAGCAACGCGACCUGUUGAAAGAGCGUCGCGCAAAGCAAGCCGCCCAUGACCAGCGUAACACCUACCGCACUUGCGCCGGCAUCACCACGUUCAAGGUCCGCGAUCCGGAUCCGGCAGCCGUCGACGGCGGCGCCGUGCUCGGUGUGCGCAUCGAAGUCAUGCGCAGCGCCCGGUUCCUGCGUCCCUUUUAUGUCCUCCUCAAUCGUCCGUGGGACAAGGACGCCGCGGCCAAGAGGUACCUGCGUGUUCACCGCCACACCUUGCCCGCCGCCAUACCGCUGGCUGGCUUGGCUUCUCGUUACCUCCCUGCCCCGCGGCCUGCUUCUUCCGCCAAGCAGCCCAGGCAGGACCUGGAGGCUUUCGUCCGUCGGUUGAGGAGGGAGCUUGUGCGCUAUCACCAACGUCUCGGCGCUGUCUCUGACCUCCGCGCCGUUGUGGGCCUGGACGACAAGUCCAAGGUUCCUCCUGUCAGCACCCCGGCAGAUGAACCGCCCGAGACGGUCGUCAUGAAGUCGAUAGAAGACGACCGCGAGUCCAGGGCGAGGCAGCGGCGAUCAGUGGCUGGGAUCGUGGACAUUGAGCCAGUCGACACGGCAGCGACGCAGUUCAGGUUCGACUGGCGCGACGGUCGCGUCGGACGGCUCGUCAUCGGCCCGGGUGGCGAGGUGCUGCAAUCGGUUGUGGUUCUGCCAGAUGGAGGCCGCGAUCGCGUCACGCAGCAAGACGUCUUUGGCGAUUGUGCAAGGAUCGAGGAUGUCGUUACCAAGCUCCGCGGGCCACUUGGUGGUACCUAA